AUGAAAAAUCUCGCAAUUUUCAUCCUUUUCUUCUUGGCUGCUAGCCCAAUCUUGGCCACCAAAUUCAAUUUCCAAGUCACUCUAAAAUGCUCAAAAAUUGACUAUUAUCAUUAUUCAGUUGCACAUUUCGAUCACGACACUUUUACAAAAGACGAUCAAAUUGGUGGAAGAAGAUUGGGUGAGGCGAAUGGUGACGUCACUAUUUAUUCCAAAGGAGAACAAUCGGAUGAUGGUGUUAGUUUGGUGAGUAUAGAAAAGGGUUUGGGAUGGAGCGGGGGCUUUUCGGCCCGAGUUGGGGGCCUACAUUUAGCAUCAGAUCUGGUUGUAGGCUUUAUUAGACUACAUUCAAAGCCCUAGGCUUCUGAUCCAUGUUUUCUAGUAGCUUUCGACCUGCUAAUCAGGAUUCAGCUAGAUUUUCCGAACACCUUUCUGAAUAUGAGUUAUGACGUGGCAAAAUCGAAAAAUUAGCUUCAAACGCAUAUUUUUCAUCGCCUCGCUCAGAAGCUUCAAAAUUAGAUAAAACCUCGCAAUCUCACAAAUAAUGUACAUAUUCAACUUUGCCACGUCAUAACCCAUGUUCAAAAUUCUAGAUGUAUCAAGUCUACUCAUCAAUCACUCAUAAUUGCACAUCGAAAGGCGAGGAGCGAAAAUUGAAAAUCAAUUUGGGAAAUGUGGAUGUUUUUCAAGGACAAAAGAGCUAUAAAUAUGAUGCAAUUUUGAACAAUAAUGGAACUAAAGCUUGA